AUGACUGAAUCGAACAUUUCAUCUUUUCUUUAUAAUAUCAAUCGUUAUUCAAAAACAAAUUUUGAUUGUCUUUAUGCUCAUAUCAUUGAUGAUCUUUAUCAAAACGAUGGAACAUUUAUUCGUACAAAUUAUUUAACUCCCUUUUGCCAACGUCCACUAUUAAAUGAAUCUAUGAAUGAAGAUUUAACAUCGAAAGAAGGAUAUGUGAAAAAUAGAAUAAAUUUUUCAAGUUUACGUUCUCAAGGCAUUAGUAGUGAACAAUUACUUGAAUGGUCAAUAUCAAUCGAUAUAAUUGAAGAAUAUGCUAUAUAUUUGAUUCAAAAUGAUCCAAAACUUGGUGAAAUUAUUUUUUUAAAUUGUUCAUCAUUAUGGUUUGGUUCUCAUUGUCAAUAUACAUUUGGUUCAAAUAUUGAAAUUAAAUCAUUUGGUGAUUUUCUAGUUUCUUCAUUUAAUAAUCGACAGAAAUAUUCUUAUAAACUUACAAUAAAUACUUGUUAUCCACAUUUAUUUGGAUGUUUCCGUGGUCCUAAACCAAUGUGUUUAGAUUGGCGUGAAAUAUGUAAUGGAAUAAUUGAUUGUAUUGGAGAUAAUUUUGGUAUAGAUGAAAAAUAUUGUGAUGAACUUGAAAUGAAUGAAUGUAAACAAGAUGAAUAUCGAUGUCAUAAUGGAGCUCAAUGUAUACCAUUAGAAUUUUUUCGAGAUGGUUGGACAAGUAAAGAUUGUUUAGAUGGAACAGAUGAACAAGAAACUUUCACAAACAGUCCGGAGUUUAAUGAUGUCAGUACUUUAAAUUGUAUAAAAAUGUUAACAUUUUCUUGUGAAGAACGUAGUUGCCGUUAUCAACGAUCAUUUCCAUGUGGUGAUGGGGAAUGUCUGGAUUUUGGACUGAAUAAUGGUCAUUUUAAAGGAGUUUCUUGUUCCGGUACAAGACGUGAUAUCGAUUAUGCUUACAGUAUUUAUAAGACUCUCAAUCAUCUUUCGGAUGAUUGUCAGAAAUUAAUAUUUCACAAAUUCGGUUUGUAUAGACCAUCUCCAAACAAGAAGGAAGAUUAUACAUCUGAAAAUUGGUUAUCAUUAAAUAAUUGUUCAAUGGAUAAUGUCUCAUUUCCUGCAUAUCCUAUUUUCAAUGGUUAUUUUCAAGUUAUCUAUUCAACUAAAAGUUUGAUCAAUGAUUCGUUUAGUAAUGCACCACCGGAUUAUGUCUGCAAUGAUCCACGACAAUGUUUACAUUUACCAAAAGCAACACUUCAGAUAGGAGGUUUAGAUUGUCGACCAUUUAAUCAAGUCGUUGAAGAAUCUUAUAUUAUGAAUUUGUAUGAUUUACAUUCUGCUCUUGAUUCACUCAUGGAUAUUUGUUCAUUAAUGGGAAAUAUUAAUAAAUAUACAUCGAAUUCAUCUUUAUUUUAUUGUCAAUCAUCACAAAGAUACAUUUCUAAACAUCGUCUUAUUGAUAAUAUUGUUGAUUGUUAUCAUGAAGAAGAUGAAAAAUAUCAAAAUAGUUGUUUAUUAAAUGAUACUCAACGUUUUCGAUGUCAAUCAAAACAAAUAUGUAUAUCACCUAUAGGUAUUACUAUGUUUUCGGGUGACUGUCGAGAUGAAUAUAUAUCCCUCACUAAGCCUAAAUCGUCUCUAUUGGCGUUUCUAUGUAAUUUCAUCCCUGAAGUUCGCGAAGAGAAUGGUGAUGAUGAUGAAACAAACUGUGAAUGGUGGCCAUGUAAUAAUCCUUACACUCGAUGUGAUAAUAUAUUUCAUUGUGCCAAUGGUAUUGAUGAAUUCGAUUGCCCUAAUUCUUAUUGUAAUAUUAAUGAAUUUAAAUGUAUUAUUGACGAUUCUAUCGAUUAUCUAUGUAUUUCUCAAGCUAAUAUCUAUGAAAAACCAAUUAAUUGUAGCAAACAUAAUGAUGAUGAAAUUAUUUGUCGAAAAUUAUUUUAUUCAGCUAAUUUAAUUAAUGAAAAAAAUGAAUAUUUAUCAUGGAAAGAAAAAACAUGUUUAACGGAUAAUGAUAUUUGUGGUCAACAAUCACUUAAUAAUCAGCGUUUAAUAUGCAAUCAUGACACAGUAUCGAUGUCUUCUCUGUGUAACAAAUUAAUAUGGGAUAUAAAUAAUAAUAAGCCAUUAUGUGCCUUACAACUUGGUGACGUUAUUUUUCGUUAUAAUCGUUUCUUUUCUAAAUUCAAUCUUGGAUAUUUUCCAUCAAUAAUAAAUCAAACAUCAUUAUCCUCACGAAAUCAUAUCAAUAUGAAAAUAACAACAAAAGUAUCUAUGAAUACAAGUAUUGAAUUAAUUGAAUAUUGUAAUCGUGGUAUUUUGAUCUAUGAAGGUAAAUCAUAUAAAAAGAAAUGUUUAUGUCCACCAAAUUAUUUUGGUGAUCAAUGUCAAUGGCAAAGUCAACGUAUUAGUUUAACACUUCAAAUGCGUCCAAUGGGUUCUAUUGAUAAAAAAAAUUCUAUUUAUCAUAUAUUUAUUUAUCUUAUUGAUGAUGAAUAUAAAAUAAUUCAUUAUUAUGAACAAAUCAAUUAUAUACCAUCAAUAGAUUGUCAAACAAAAUUUAAUCGUUAUUUACUUUAUCCAACAAGACCAAAAAAUGUAAAACAUAAUUAUUCAAUACAUAUUGAUAUGUUUGAUAAAAUAACAUUAAUUUAUUAUGGAAGUUGGUAUUUAUCUAUUCCUUUUCCAUUUUUACCGGUUAAUCGUUUAUCGACACAAUUAAUUAUUCCAUAUGAGAAACCUGAAUCUUCGAAAAAUUGUUCAUUAGAAUGUGGAAUACAUGGAAAAUGUUUUUAUUAUAUCAAUUCACCAAAAUCAUUUUGUAAAUGUGAUCAAGAAUAUUCCGGUCGUUUUUGUCAUUUAAAACAUGAAUGUUCAUGUUCACCCAAUUCAAUCUGUUUAAAUUCAUCGAUUUGUUUAUGUCCAUUAAAUAAAUUUGGUUCAAAAUGUUUUUUACAACAUACAUCUUGUCAACCUGAUAAUCCAUGUCAAAAUAAUGGACAAUGUAUACCGAUUAAUGAUCGAAUUAAUAAGAAAGGGUUUAUUUGUUUAUGUAAUGAAGGUUAUAUGGGAUUAAAUUGCGAAUAUAAAUCAAAUAGAAUUGAUAUUACUUUUAGAACAGAUGUUAUUCCAUCAGUAAUCUUCGCACAUUGGAUAAUAGCAUUUGAUGAUAGAAGACAUCAACGAAUAACAACAUUUAAAAAAGUACCACUUGAUCAAUAUUCAGUUACAUUAUUUGUUAAAGAACCAUUCAAUAUUUUAUUUAUUGAAUAUUUAAAUAAUUCUUAUCUAACUGUUUUAAGAGAAGAAUUUAUUCCAUUAGAUGAUAUUUCAAUUGAUAUCAAUAUUGAUAACAUGUGUGUAAAUGUAUCUAAAUUGUUGAAUUCAACAAUAUUUAAUUAUAAUUAUCUUCAUCGAAUAAAAUAUUAUCAAUUUCCAUGUGUUGAAAAUCUGAAAUUAAAAUGUUUUUAUGAUGAAAAACAUAUGUGUAUUUGUGAUAAAAAUCGAUAUUCAAAUUGUUUUGAUUAUAAUCAUAAUAUGAUUUAUAAUUGUCGAGGAUAUAAUUAUUGUCAAAAUAAUGGAAGAUGUUUUCAAGAUAAUGCAACUUGUCCAACAACAACGAUGUGUAUGUGUGAAAAAUGUUAUUAUGGAAAUAAAUGUCAAUUUAAUACAAAAGGUUUUAGUUUAUCACUUGAUGCAAUAUUUGGUUAUCAUAUUAAACCGUUUAUAUCAUUUUUUAAACAAUCAAAAUCAGUUAAAAUAACGGCAACAUUAACGUUUAUUAUGUUUAUAAUUGGUUUUAUUAGUGGACUAUUAUCAAUAUUAAUUUUUCGAAAAAAAUCUUCGAUGAUGGUUGGUUGUGGAAUUUAUCUUUUAACAACAUCAAUUACAUCAUUAUUAACAAUAACUAUUUUUACAAUAAAAUAUUGGCAACUUAUUUUUUUUCAAAUGAAUCUUAUAACAAAUCGUUCAUUUCUUUAUAUGAAUUGUUUAUUAAUUGAUAUGUUAUUGAAAAUUUUUCUUAGUUCAGCUGAUUGGUUAAAUGCAUGUGUUGCUAUUGAACGAGCAAUUACUAGUCUACAAGGAAUUAAAUUUAAUAAAUUAAAAAGUCGAUAUAUAGCUAAACGUGUUAUACCAAUAAUAUUCUCUUUAACAAUUCUUACUUAUAUUCAUGAUCCAAUAUCUCGUCAAUUAUUUGAUGAUGAAGAUGAACAACGAACAUGGUGUAUUGUUAAUUAUUCAUUUCAAUUGAAAAUAUUUGAUAGAUUUAUUAAUCUAUUUCAUUUUUUCACACCAUUUAUAAUUAAUUUUCUAUCUAGUUUGAUUAUCAUUAUUCAAGUAUUUAAAACUCGAACAAAAACUCAAAAGAAAGUAAAAAAUAAAACUCUUUUUUAUGUUCAAAUCAAACGACACAAACAUCUUAUUAUUGCACCAUGUAUUUUAAUUCUAUUAGCUUUACCUCGUUUAAUAAUAUCAUUCUCAUCAAAAUGUAUGGAAUCAACUCGUGAUCCAUGGCUUUUUCUUAGUGGUUAUUAUAUUUCAUUUGUUCCAUCAUUACUUAUCUUUGCAGUAUUUGUAUUACCUUCAAAAAAAUAUAAAGAGGAAUCUCUUAUUCUUAUAAGAAAAAAAUCUCGUACGACGCAAUAA